CUUGGACAUUGAUUAGAUUGCCUGUGGAAAUUCUACAAGCUGCUCAACAACAUGUUCAAUGUUCAGACAUCUGUGUUUUGUGGAGGAAGAUGAGCUUGAGGAACACUGAGCAUAGACAAGGAAAAGAAAAGGUUACCUAACAAACAAGUGUACUAUGAGCAAUUAACAAGGAACACAACAUCUGGUGAAGAGAGACAAAUUUAGGACAGGGAGAAAGUAUGGUGAGAUGAUUAGGCUGAGGACCCAUUCGGUGGACUGUCUAUCCCCUCCCAUCUCUCUCUUCAUUUGUUAUCUUGGAUGCUUUCUGCACUUCCAAAUCCCUGACACCCUCCUCCAUAAUUCUUUCUCAUUUGGCCUCAUCACUACCUUAAAGAAGGAUGCCCUCCCUCUCCCACUCCUUCCCAAGGUCGCUACAAUCCACUCCACAUCAACAACUAGCAGUGCUCGGUCGCUCCGUAUGCUGCGACGGAUGAUGGAGGAGAGGCAAGCAAGAGAGCUAUUGCAGAUGCAACAGUUGGUUUCUCUUCCCUGUGAUCACUUUGCGGAAGAGGAGGAUUACAUAGACAUGGAUGUCAGCUCUGCUGUGGACGUGGAUUUAGGCGGCGGCGGCGGCGGCGGCACCGCCAGCUUCAUCUGCUACACCAUGGCAUCCCCUCCUCUUUCCAAGGAAUUCGAAUUCCAGAUGAGUGGCAACCCGACGGAGAGGGAGGCCACCACCUCCCCCGCCGACGAGCUUUUCUACAAGGGGAAGCUCCUCCCCCUGCACCUCCCUCCUCGCCUUCGGAUGGUCGAAAAGCUCCUCGAGAGCUCGAAGCAUUCAGACGGCUUCGGAGAGAAGGAUGUCUCCGCAGCAGUCGGCGGUGAGCUGAGUGCGGUGUCGGACCAGAAGCAAUCGCCUUGGUCCAAAAAGCUCAAGUCCAUCAAGCAAUCAUCGCUGGGCCUGAAGCUGAAGGCUUCUCGAUCGUAUCUCAAGUCUGUGUUCAUCAGAUCCAGGUGCUCCGAUGAGUCCUGCGCGGUCCUGCAAUGCGACGAGCGCUCCAAUGGCUACAAGAAGGCAGCAAAGACGAGCCCGCUUGGCCAAAUCCAGCAGGGGAAGUACGUACUUGAAGACACCAAUGCCGCUAGUCUCAGGAGCACCGAGAGAGAGAAGCUACUGGAAGAGGACUUGAUCCACAGAAAGUCAUUUUCUGGUGCCAGUAGCUGGAACUCCACAACCAAGCCUUCGUCCUCGUCGACGACCUCUUCCUGCUCGUCCUCUUUGUCGUCCUCCUUCUCGAGUUCCAGCUCGCUCGGGGUGUACCAGCCGCAGAUGCUCAAGAGGAGCAGCAGCGUCAACUCAGAGAUGGAGAGCUCAAUUCAGGGAGCCAUUGCUUACUGCAAGGAGUCUCAGCAGCUGGUCGGCGGCCGGAAGAGUGCCAGCGAUGCCGGGCUUUAUCCAUUGCCUGCUUCACGGAUUGCUGCAGCUUGUCAAGCUCGAGAGAAUCCAAGAUUUUGCAGGGGAUGAUGACCGACCUACUUGUGCUACAUGCUACUACUUGUCUAGCUUCUGAAACAUUUGACUGUCCUUAGGUUCUACUGGAAAUGGCACAACUAAUGCAGCUUGCAACGUG